AUGUUGGGCAAGAUCAAAAUUCACAGAUGCUGUAUGUCACUAGAAGUAGAAGCUAGUAGUAAUCAGUCUCUUGUAAUCAAAGUCAAUGGAGUUAUUUUAAAGUUCACAAUUAGGACGUUUGCGCUCAUUACUGGAUUAAACUGUGUCGGUGUUGUAGAGAAUUUCAAGUUUAACACAGAAGAACCUAACCGACUUAUUGUUCAGUACUUUGGUGGUAAUGAGAUCAUACGUAGAUCUAAUUUGUUCGAUAGGUUCAAUGGUGUUCAAACAGAGCCACAUCAUGAUAUUGAUAAACAAGCAUUUUCUGAACAGAAUUCAGGUGAUGAUUUCGUCAACCCACUUCCACCUUCAAUGAAGGUUACAUGUAAAAGAAAAAAGGGGCAAUCAGUAUCACCUACUAAAAGGGUAAGAAAAAAGGACUCAAAUAUCGCAGAUCAAAUGGAACGGAACGAACAGAUUGAUCCAGUAGCGAAACAGAAUGUGAAAAAAGCUGCGCUUCCAAAAGUUGUGCGGAAGAAACAAAAAUUGUGUUCUAAGAAGACAACCGCUCGCACUUAUGUGCCAACAAAGGAUUCUCAAAUACCAUCUAACAACAUAAACAAUCAUAAUGCUGUUGAAGGACCACAACAUUUUACAAGUCCAGUUGUAUCAGAAAAUCAAAAUCAGAGACUUUUUGAUGAUGAGAAGACGGAGUGUGAUGAAAGCUCAAAUGAUGGCAUCAAGGAAGUUUUCCAAGUUGAUUGUGACAAUUCCCCUGUGCGUAAUCUGAUCACUGUAGAUGCUGGUUUUAGUUCGGCUAAAUCAAUAAUUCCAAGUUCUAGCAUGGAGAGUCAGAACAAAAUAAGUCCUAUUCACACACCAUUAUCUGCGCAUAGGGUUAGACGUCCAGACCCUUUUAAUACAUCCCCAUAUCUGACAUCGUUCGGCUCAUCUGCAGGUACUUCAUUGGUGCAACCAAUUAUUUUUGAACUGAAACACCCAUUCAUCUUUGAUCUUAUUUCUGAUAAUCGUGAUAUCAUUAUGUGGGAUGCACACCAGUCAUUGAUUCACGAAGGUCUUCUUGCAAAACAUGAGAACAAACGUCAUGAUCAGGACCGAUACAAGAAGGGUAAAGCACGCAUUCCAGUCCCAUUUGACUUUGGUGUUGAUAUUGUAGAUAAUAAAAUUGUAGAUAAUAAAAAUUGGUUCUACAAUUUGUACUCAAAAGGACAAUUGUUGAAUGAUUCGCAUAUCAAUGUUAUCUUCUAUUAUUUGAGAAAGAAAGCCAAGUAUGACGUUGACAGCAGGUAUAAAUACACAACUGUGGAUUGUGUGUUUACGUCCAAAAUUUUAUCAACUUGGAAGAAGUAUGAAGAUUUAGAUAGUGAUGUCUGCUGCGCUGAUGAAGAGCAUUUUAUAGGUGAUUACAUUAGAUGGUAUAAAGUUCAUGCUGGCAUUCCGUGGCAUUUGGUGGAUCACGUAUUUAUCCCUGUAAAUGUAAAGGAAAAAUUUCAUUGGGCAUUGGCGGUACUCUCUCUUAAUGAUAGACGUGUAUACGUUUAUGAUUCUUACAGAGCGGCAGGUCAUGAUGCAGCAAUCAGGAAAGAGGUUACCAAGUUGGCUCAACUCAUUCCACUUAAGUUGACUAUGUAUGAUUAUUACAAGAACAUAGGUUUAGAUAGAUCUGUUAGCCAAGAAGAGAAUGAGUCAUUUGAGAUAGCUUUUUUCAUAGACAACAUACCUCAACAGACCGAUGGCAGCUUAGAUUGUGGUAUCUAUAUGCUUGCUUUUGCCGAGUGGUUGUCUUAUGAUCAAGGAAAUUCAAGUGGUAUAUUUGACGUAAUGUUUUUACGGUCAAGAUAUGCUUCACUUCUUUGGAAUUAUGCUCAGCAAAAGCAAGACAACGGAGCCAUUAGUGACACUGAGGCACCCCCAAGGCAUACCAUGCCUCAAUCUGUUCGUGUUGUGUCUGCUCCAAUUGAAAUACAGUAG